CACGCAAUGAAUAAUAAUAAUAAAUAAUAAAUAUUUAGUCAUAUACUCUCCUUUUUGUUGUCUUUUCGAAGUACAAUCAGACAUGAAGAGAAACUAUUAAAUAUUUGUCCACAUCCAUGUGUAUUUACUCUUUUACCUGCUCUUGUGGAGCUGUUUAUAUUGGACGUUGUAAGCGUAAUCUCCGAAAACGUGUAGCUGAACACUAUCCAGUCUGGUUGAUGAAAGGCGAACGUAGAACUGCGAAGUCGUCUAUCUGUGAUUACCUGUUAGAGUCAGGUCAUCUAGCCCCACGUGAUUCAUCUUUCAAAGUUAUCUACAUGGCAAAAUCGAAUCGAUCAAAAAGUUUACGUUUUCUUCACUUUUGCAUAGCCGAAGCUUUAGCUAUACAUGAACAGAAACCUAAAUUAUGUGUUCAAAAACGUUUUGUCAAACCCCUUUCUUUACCUUGGUCAUAGUAAUGUUCUUUCUAGUUUUUACUUUAUUUUAUUUUACCACUUGAAUUCUUUCCACUUCACUUCACAUCUUCAUUCUUAUCGUAAUCGUACUCCUGAUUUUUUAAAAUUUUUAGACAACACUUGACAUUUUUAAAACAUUUUUGAUUUCAAUUCACUUAUAAAACUAUCUUUAAUAAUUUUAAUUUAUCCACUUCAACUCUACCCCUUAUAACAUUUUAAUUAUCGUUAUUCUUAUCACAUAUAUAUGCAUAUUGACUGAGCAAUUGUUUAGUGCCACUUAAUGACCUUUUCUGUAAUAUAAAUACGACUGUACAGCUUGAAAAUGAAGUUGAAAAGAAAUUUCU